AUGAAAUGGGGUGUUCUUCUUGUCCUCAUUCUGGCCUCCGCCGCCGUGUCGUCGGCCGACAAAGAUUUUGAGGACGAUGGAGAGGAAUACUCGAGCCUUGAGAUUCCGCAGUUGCAGGAGUUUUCAGCUUUUGGGGACUUUCUUUCUUAUGGGUUCUACCAUAAAACUUGUCCCGGCGUCGACGGCAUCAUUCACCGUAUACUCAAGCAGUGGUACGAUAAAGAUAACACCAUUGCCGCCAGUCUCUUGAGAUUGCACUUCCAUGACUGCGUCGUCAGGGGCUGCGAUGGUUCUAUUCUUCUAGAUUACGAGGGAAGCGAGAGGAGGGCUCCGGCGAGCAAGACACUUAGAGGUUUCGAAGUGAUCGACGAUAUCAAAGCCAAGUUAGAGAAAAAGUGCCCUAAAACAGUUUCUUGCGCAGAUAUUUUAACCGCCGCUGCGAGAGAAGCCACCGUCCUCAUCGGCGGCCCAUAUUGGAUGGUACCUUAUGGAAGAAGAGACGGUGUGGAGUCCAUUGCCAAAGAAACUGAAUUAGUGCCCAUGGGUAUUGAAGACAUCACUUCUCUCAUUGAACUAUACCAAUCUCUUGGCUUGAAUGUCCUAGAUUUGGUCGUUCUUUCAGGGGCACACACGAUUGGAAGGGCAACAUGUGGAGUGAUACAAAACAGGCUUUACAAUUACAGUGCAACGGGAAAACCAGACCCAUCGUUGAGCCCAAAAUACUUAAACUUCUUGAGAAGAAAAUGCCGAUGGGCGUCGGACUACGUGGACCUUGACGCUACAACGCCCAACAAAUUCGACAACGCCUACUACUCUAAUCUCCCAAAAAAGAUGGGUCUUUUGUCCUCUGAUUCAGCUCUCUACACCGAUCCAAGAACUUCCCCCAUUGUUAAAGCUUUGGCCUAUCAGCCCUCCAUUUUCCGCCAUCAAUUUGCUGUCUCCAUGGCUAAACUUGGGAACGUUCAAGUUCUUACUGACCUCUUUGAAGGUGAGAUUCGAACCAAAUGCAGUUGUAGGAAUUCUCCUUGAUAUGUUGUCCAUUGCUUGCUCUGUUCGAUCUCUCUGUUUUUUCCUCCAACAUUUUUGCUUUUGGUUGGUAAUUUGUUCCAUUAAUAUUAUGUGUUCUUCUGUAAUUUCAUGUUAAGGAUUGGUGUAUUAUUUGCAGUGUUGAUCUGGGUUUUGGAAUCAGAUAAUUUUCAA